AUGCCGAGGGAGCCUGCUGUCGCCACCACCAGGAAAGGAAAGCUGAGGAGGAAUAGCUCUCUCAAUGUCCCACGCCAGAAUUCAAAGGCGGUGAUUUUUGAGGAAGGAGCAUGGGUGAAUGUCCCUGUUCGGGAAGGAAUGGUGAAGGCUCCGUCUCCAAUUAAUACCCUCGAGUCGUCCCCAGAGAAGAAUGUGAGGACUGAGUCAAUUGAGACUAGUGCCAAUGGCGAUGGGGAUCGCUUUGAGCUGCGAAGUCGGAGGUAG